GAUUUGACAAUACUGACAUUUGCUUGACCAUAACCAAAAAACCUCGCUCGCUGCUAAACUUUGUGUCUUCCUGGCGAGAAUUUCACAAAAAGUUUUACCGUACAAAUCUAAUAAACAAACAUAUUUAACAAAACUACAAACAUGUCCAGCAGCGCCGCAGUUAUUUCUGUGAAAGAUGCGGAAGAGUACAACACACUGAUCAAUGCCGAGAAGACUACAGUAGUGUUAUUCACAGCCGAUUGGGCUGAACAGUGUAAACAUGUCCUGGAAGCGCUGGAGGAGCUCGCUAAAAUUCUGAGUAAUAAAUUGCAAUUCGUUAGUGUUGUAGCCGAAAACUUUCCCGAGAUUUCCAUGAAGCACCAGAUUGAAGCAGUUCCCACCAUCAUUUUCUUCACCAAAGGCACGGCUGUGGAUCGUGUGGAUGGUGUGAAUGUGGCAGAAAUUACAGCGAAGUGUAAAAAACUUGGUGGCUCUGUUGCCGGUGAAUCUUUGGAAGAUCGUUUGAAGGCGCUUAUCAACAAAGCUGAUCUCAUGAUAUUCAUGAAGGGCGAUCGCAAUGCGCCACGUUGUGGUUUCUCCCGACAGAUAAUUGAAAUCGUGAAUGCAACAAGUAUUCCCUAUGAGACAUUCGAUAUUUUGAAUGACGAAGAAGUGCGUCAAGGUCUGAAGACAUAUUCAGAUUGGCCUACGUAUCCACAAGUAUAUGUUAAAGGUGAACUGAUCGGUGGCUUGGACAUUAUUAAGGAGCUGAAAGCAAAUAAUGAAUUAGAAACUGCAUUGAAGGGUUAAAGAAAAUGUUAUGACUCAGUAAUAUGCAUGCAAAAUUUUAUUUAUAAAUGAAAUAAAAUUGGCAACCGGUUUU